AUGGCCGCCACUACCGAGAAUCUCCCUCAACUCAAAUCCGCCGUCGAUGGCCUCACUGAGAUGAGUGAGAAUGAGAGGAGCGGAUUCAUCAACCUCGUUUCACGCUACCUGAGCGGUGAGGCACAGCACAUUGAGUGGAGUAAGAUCCAGACACCUACUGAUGAAAUCGUUGUUCCCUACGAGAAAAUGGUUACCGUCUCCGAAGAUGUUUCCGAGACUAAGAAUCUGUUGGACAAACUUGUUGUGUUAAAGCUUAAUGGAGGUCUUGGGACAACAAUGGGAUGCACUGGCCCCAAGUCGGUAAUUGAAGUUCGUGAUGGUUUGACAUUCCUUGAUCUGAUUGUUAUCCAGAUUGAGAAUCUCAACAACAAGUAUGGCUGCAAGGUUCCAUUGGUUCUCAUGAACUCGUUUAACACACAUGAUGACACACAAAAGAUUGUGGAAAAGUACACCAAGUCAAAUGUUGAUAUUCACACUUUUAACCAGAGCAAAUAUCCCCGUGUUGUCGCAGAUGAGUUUGUGCCAUGGCCGAGCAAGGGAAAGACCGACAAGGAUGGCUGGUAUCCUCCCGGUCAUGGUGAUGUAUUCCCAUCCCUCAUGAACAGUGGAAAGCUCGAUUCUUUCUUAUCACAGGGUAAGGAAUAUGUGUUCGUUGCCAAUUCAGACAACUUGGGUGCCAUCGUUGACUUAAAAAUCUUGAAGCACUUGAUCCUGAACAAGAACGAAUACUGUAUGGAGGUUACACCCAAAACCUUAGCUGAUGUUAAGGGAGGAACUCUCAUUUCUUAUGAAGGCAAAGUUCAGCUUCUGGAGAUUGCUCAGGUUCCUGAUGAACAUGUCAAUGAGUUCAAAUCAAUUGAGAAGUUCAAGAUCUUCAACACGAACAACCUAUGGGUUAACUUGAAGGCCAUCAAAAAGCUUGUGGAAGCUGAUGCACUUAAAAUGGAGAUCAUUCCAAACCCAAAGGAAGUUGAUGGAGUCAAAGUUCUUCAACUGGAAACGGCUGCUGGUGCUGCAAUCAGGUUCUUUGACAAUGCUAUCGGUGUCAAUGUACCUCGCUCACGUUUCUUGCCAGUGAAGGCAACUUCAGACUUGCUGCUCGUCCAGUCUGAUCUCUACAAACUAGUUGAUGGCUUCGUCACCCGAAACAAUGCUAGGACUAACCCCGAGAACCCAUCAGUUGAAUUGGGACCCGAGUUCAAGAAGGUGGCUAGUUUCUUGAGCCGGUUUAAGUCUAUCCCUAGUAUUGUUGAGCUGGACAGCCUUAAGGUGUCUGGGGAUGUCUCGUUUGGCUCUUCCGUUGUUCUCAAGGGCAAGGUGACCGUGACGGCAAAAUCCGGGGUAAAAGUGGUCAUCCCCGACGGCGCUGUGAUCGAGAACAAGGACAUCAAUGGUCCCGAGGACCUGUGA